UAAGCCAGUGAUUGGAUGGCAACUGCAGGUUCAGGCAAUAAAUGCACACCACGCUGGUAUGUCAACUAAGCAUGGCAGUAAGGCACUGAGAGUAUUGGAGUAUUGCUUUGUCUGGGCUGUUGGUGGUUUAAGGCUUUGAUAUGGCUUUUGGAAUUAGUUUGGGGAUUGUGUUCCUUUGCUCAUUGUUUGCAGAACACUCAAGUUUUACAUGGGCUCCACGUGAUGCCCAGAGAUUAAGAGGCUAUGGGUUUUCUGGCUCUUCCAGAAUGGAAGUUGAGCAGAGGCAAACAGGUGGCAGCUAUCCCCAGGAUCAAUUCAGACCAGCCUCUCACACUUCUGGUUCGGUCCAGAGUGAAGCUACUUACCGCGGGACUGGAUACAACACACUCGGAGGCUUUGCUCCAAGCUCCCUCCAGCCAGCCCCAAGGGGCUCUGGAUCUAUCCCCAGCAGCUUUACCUCCGCCCAGACAAAGGGUAAGAGGACCCGUGCCAAGAAUACUGACAUUAGACUCUCUGGUUCUAUAGCCAGUGGAUCCUCUGUCACCCACAACAAGCAUCAAACCAAGGCCAGUAGAACCUAUGGUCAAAGUGUCACUGACCCCAGUGCAUUAAGGCCAGUUUCAAGUUGGGAGGUAAAGAGAAUCCAGGCCAACACUCUUCGUACUGUACAGCCUCACUCCGGCAGCUCUGGACUAGUCCAGAAUCCUGAUGUUGUGUUUAAUGUCCAGAGUAGAACUGCCUCUAACCUGAAACCAUCUACUCCUAACUAUGGCUCUACCCAGAGUGAAUUCAAGUUCUCCACCUCCAGACAACCCAACCAAGGCCUUGUCCAGACUCUGAGUAGAGGAGCCCCCAGCCUCUAUGGUCAAACUGCCACCCACACCACCUCCCUCACCCACUAUGUCCAGGACCUGAAGCAAGGGAGCAGCUUCCCUUCCCUGGCUUUCAAGGGACCAAUGGAGAUCUCUGCCCGGUCAAUUUCCACUCCUGACCGUGAAGUUCCCUCAAGUGGUUCUUCACAAACUUCAUUUAGACCAGGUCCUCUGAGUUUUGGUUCUACUGAAGGUGGUAGUGCAACAAAAAGCUACAAACCUAGCUUCUCCCAAGAUGUCAUGCAAUACCAGAGCAACUCUGCCAGUAGAAGUGUUUCAACUUCCAAUCAAUAUGCCCAAACCUCUGGCCAGAGAAUAGAUGGAGCCUCUACCUCAAGUCGCGGCAUGCCUACUUCUAGCCUGGCCUCUCGCUCCAGUCUUUUCACCCCAGCUCUACAGCUCGUGGAAACUCCUAUGGCGCCUACAAGCCUGGCUCUGACCUUGGUGCAACACCAAGCCAAAGCCUGUUUACCUCUAACCAAGGUGGAAGGGGUUCAACAUACAGCCAGAAUCUCCUUGCAAAACCUGCCCAAGGGAAGUACGGACAAAUGUCUGCUCAGUGGGGGAGCUACAGGCCCAGCUAUGCUGCCAGUAGUGGGCCAGUCUCCAGCCUCUUCAGUUCUACCCAGGCUGCCAGUUCAACAUUCAUCCAGAAUGCUCCUGCCACAGCCCAGAAGCCAAGUGGCUCUAAACCUGUCCCCAGUCAACGCUAUUUGUUCAAUGCAGUGAAGUCCAACACUAGCUCUGCCAGACGUCCCACCCAGAGCCUCUUGUCUAGCAGCUAUGGCCCUACCCAGAGCAGGACCAGCAGUGCCAGCUCGAUCAACCCUCGCCACUUUGCCCUGA